AUGUCUCAAAAGGAGUUAUUCUCUAACUCUCAAGAUCACGAAACGAACUUCGAAGAUGACUACAAUGAAGAGCUAGUUGACGACGAUGAAUCAACAGUUGUUUCGUCUAAUCCACAACAAUUGAUCUAUUCGCGAUCAACCCGCAAUCUCACGGAUGACGCUGCAACAACAGUAGCAGAUGAUAUCAACCAUCUUGCAGUUCAUGAUUCUAGCCAUAAACGUCGUCAUUCAAACGAUAGAAUGCUUUCUUUGCAUCUGAGCCAGUGGAAUUACAAUAACAACCGAGUUGGCCUAAAUCGAGGCAUUCAAAGCACAGAGGAACUGAUCCUGCUUUUGAUGCGCGAAAAUGAGUCUAGACCAAUCUAUGUGCCAGUAAAUCCAGAAGAAAUCAGUCUGAACAUUUUGGAACUUGACUUCAAACUCAAGGGCCACGAUAAGAAAAAUGUCAACUUGGACAAAAACGCAAUAUCCAAGCUGUUUACGGUACGAACAACUACGGCUUUAAAUCAUUUAAAGUCAUUGCAGAAACGUGUUGACGACACAUCUUCCAAGGUGUUUAUCACGGGUGAUUUAAACGCUGGAAAAUCCACGUUCUGCAACGCUCUGCUAAGGCGCAGGAUAAUGCCAGUAGACCAGCUGCCAUGUACAAACGUUUUUUGCGAAAUCCUUGAGGCUCGAGAGUAUACCGAUACUGAGGAAGUACAUGCCAUACCCUUAGGAGUAGCACCUACGGUUAAAGAGGCUACGGACGUCUAUAACAUCCAAGAUAAGUCAACUUAUAGGGUAUACCCUAUUGGCCAGCUUUCCGAUUUGGUAUAUCGGUCGGACCUAUAUUCAUUGCUAAAAGUCUAUAUCAAGGAUGACAAAAGGCCUGCUGAGCUUAGCCUUUUACGCAAUGGUACUGUGGAUAUCUCUUUGAUAGAUUCCCCGGGUUUAAACAUGGACUCUAUACAAACCACAGAAGUGUUGUCUCGUCAAGAAGAGAUAGAUAUGGUAAUAUUCGUGGUGAACUCUGAAAACCAGCUCACACUUUCUGGCCAAGAGUUUAUUCAAGUGGCCUCCAGGGAGAAAAAGCUCAUGUUUUUUGUCGUUAAUAAGUUUGAUCAGAUUAGAGACAAGGGAAGAUGCAAGAAGCUGAUCUUGGAUCAGAUAAAAAAAAUGUCUCCAGAGACUCACAAGCAAGCCAACGAGUUUGUUCAUUUCGUCUCUAGUGGUUCGAGACCAGAGCCUUCUGGCGAUAGCGGACCGGACGAUGGCGAUGACGAUGAUAAUUUCGAUUCAAACGACCCAGAUUUUGACAAGCUUGAGACCGCAUUGCGUAAUUUUGUCCUCAAGAAAAGAAUGCUUUCGAAACUGCUUCCCGCCAAAACCUACGUAACCAAGCUUCUAGGAGAUAUUGCGGAUAUUGCAAAGUGGAACUUAACGCAAUACAAUUCAGAAAACGGAGAGCUGAACUCAGAACUUCGAGAGAUGAAUCCUGAAAUUAAGUCAACGAACGCUCAGUGCCAAAAGCUAACCGAUCGUGCUGACAAGAUCGUCGAAGGCACCGUAGGGGAGGUGUACGAAUUCACGAAGCAUAAAAUUAACAUGGCUCUCGAGCUAUCAGCCCAAGAAUUCCCCGAAUACGAGGGACUAUCAAACAUUUAUGACUACGUUUUGCGCGCCAGAAAAUUCAUCUUGGACCAAAUCAAGGAAAGUGUCGAGACAAGUGAAUUCAAGGCUAAAAAUGAUACUGCAAUUAGUGUCAAAAUUAUCAACGAUCUAGGAAAGUCAGAAUUGGGAGAAGAGUUUAUGUCCGAUCGGAAAUUUAAGAGCGACUUAAUGUUCACCAAAAAAAAACAUUUUUCUUUAAAAGUUCUCAACGUUCCUUUCAAUGCCACGGAUCUUUUUUCACCAACAUGGGAAGGAUUCUUGGGUUAUUUGAGCUGGGGUUUGUUUGGCAACAGAGUUGCUGAUGAUGUAACAGUGGAUGCAGAGGACAAGAACUGGUAUGCAAGUCUUGGUCUCGGACAUUACUCCGUCACCAAAUACUGGACCAAUCCGUCUUUGUUAUUUACGUCCAAAAUACCAGCAUUAGCCGUGUACUCUUGGGGAGGUGCCCGGGUUAUUACCACGGUCGUAUUCUAUGGGUCGAGGUUUUUCUCAUGGCAGGCCCUCAGGCGCAUAUCGUCCUCCUUACUACUGGUGGGCUCAAUUCUUGGAACUGCGUACCUGAUUCACGAUCUACCACGAGCUUUGCCCAUUAAUUUGUCCAACAAAUACAGGUCUAAACUGCAAGAAAUAGACUAUUCUCACAGAAACGCCAAACGAGUUUCGGACGAAGUACGCGAUGUUCUAAGAUUUCCAUCCCGUGAGAUUGUUAAGUCCUGCGAAACCGUACUGGGCAAGAAACAAGCUGCCAGGCGGGAUAUUGAAACAAAGCUCCAUAAUAAUACGCUGUCGCUUAAAUUCUUCAAGACUUUAGCAGAGCGUGCUAGUACACAAGUCCAAGUCAUCGAGCAAAUCAAUCUCGACGUAGAUUGA